AUGAUACUGUCAACAACCCAGCGCAUAACCUCAUCUAUCGUGCCCACGCUGACUUUUCGCCAUGGCUACUCUCAAGAGUACCAUCUUCUUGCUCACAGCUUUCUUCACUCUCGCACAGGCGUUGGACGGUCUUCCCUGUCCAACUAUCACAACCACUGGUUUCAUCUGUCCCACAUUUCCCGUGAAGGCCUGUGCCCGACUCUCAACCAUCUCUAG